AUGGCUUCCGCGCUCGAUUCAUUCAUGGGCUACCUGCGCGUUCCGCUCAUUGCAUCGUCUGGAAUCGCUGCCCUGCUGAGCGGCCUCCUCUACUUCAAGCAAAAUGAGAUCAUAUAUCCGCGAAACUUUCCCCCGGAUGCUCGCACAAACGUACCCAGACCCUCGCAAUUUGGCAUCACAGACUCUGAAGAGUUAUUUAUUCCUACACCGGAUGGCGAGUCACUAAGUGCCUUUCUCAUCCGAGCCAACAGGCAACAUGCGCGCAACGUUACCAUCCUCAUGUUCCACGGCAACGCGGGCAAUAUAGGUUAUCGUCUUCCCAUCGCAAAGAUACUGGAGAACGAGCUGCGAUGCAAUGUGCUGAUGUUACAAUAUCGCGGUUAUGGCCUAUCAUCUGGUAACCCCAAUGAAAAGGGGCUCAUGAUUGAUGCACAGACUGGACUCGACUACAUUCGCCAACGACACGAACUUCGCGACACCAAAAUCGUAAUCUACGGCCAGAGUAUUGGCGGCGCUGUUGCUGUGGGGUUAGCUGCUAGGAACCAAAGAGAAGGCGACAUUGCAGCCAUCAUCCUGGAAAAUACCUUUACUUCCAUGAGAAAACUUAUACCAACCGCCUUUCCUCCUGCUCGUUUCCUAGCACCCCUAUGCCACCAAAUAUGGCCCACAGAAGAGACGAUUUCCAAGAUUACAAAGAUACCCAUCCUUUUUCUUAGCGGUCUCAAGGACGAAAUUAUUCCACCCUCGCACAUGACGCGAUUGUUUGACGUUUGCAAAGCCCCAAAAAUAUGGAGAGAACUACCAAAUGGUAGCCACAACGAUACUGUUGCGGAGCCUCAUUACUUCCAAUACAUCGAGGAGUUUUUGAAUAAGUUCGUGGCACGGUGA